CAACGUCCCAGGUGGCGUAUUUUGACAGGUCGACCCCCCAUAUGACCCCCUCCCAAAAUUAGGCAAUUUUGGCCCCCCCUCCUCUAUCACCGUUACUCUGAGGGUCACGUGACUUAUUUGUUGUGGUAGCUGCCGUCUUGUUUUAGCUCGACACAAUGAUCGAGGGAGUGUCCCCUGUGCUUCAGGCACUCUUGGGCACUCUGCUGACUUGGGGCCUGACCGCAGCAGGAUCUGCGGUGGUGUUUCUGCUUGCCGGAACCCAGAGAAAAGUUUUAGACAGCAGCCUGGGGUUUGCUGCAGGCGUGAUGACGGCAGCUUCAUUCUGGUCCCUGUUAGCACCGGCCAUAGAAAUAGCAGAGACGUCUGGAUCUUAUGGAGCAGAGGGGGAGUGGGCUUGUUUUCCUGUUGCUGUGGGCUUCCUGGCCGGUGCUCUUUUCGUGUACGGAGCUGACCAGGUGAUGGGCUCCACGGAUUUCCUCUCUCUCAGUGUUGCUCCAAGUGUUUCAUCAGUCAAGAAAAAUGAUGAUCUAAGGUAUGACUACCAUCAGCCGCCAUCGUCCUCAUAUAAUGAGAACUAUUCAAGUGAUGUCAAGAAAAGACGCAGUGAAUCCGUUGACAGGAUAAGCCUGGAGGAAGACGAUGGGUUCUUGAUCGACCACAAAUCGCGCAACAAGAACAUGCAAUGGCGAAGGAUUCUCCUGCUGAUUAUUGCCGUCACUGUGCACAACAUUCCUGAGGGCUUAGCUGUUGGCGUUGGUUUUGGGGCCGUUGGUAAAACGCCACUUGCUUCGUUCAACAAAGCUAAGAACCUGGCCAUUGGGAUUGGCAUUCAAAACUUCCCAGAGGGCAUGGCAGUGAGCUUACCACUUAGGGGUGCAGGGCAUUCUCUGUGGUGGUCGUUUUGGUACGGGCAGCUGAGCGGAAUGGUGGAGCCCAUAGCCGGGGUUUUAGGUGCGGUUGCCAUUUCGAUAUGUGAACCAGUUCUCCCUUAUGCCCUCGCAUUUGCCGCUGGUGCAAUGAUCUUCGUCGUCGUGGACGAUAUCAUCCCAGAGGCACAAGCAGAGGGUAACGGGAGGCUGGCCUCUGCGUGGUGCGUCGUCGGAUUCCUGAUAAUGAUGAUUUUAGAUGUUUCCUUAGGGUGAGGUUUUACAAGUGUGUUUAAUAGCCAUUAUCAAUUGUUUAUAAAUUGCCUCCAGAUGGAUUUAUAAUCAGCUCAUGUCAGCUGCUAUUUUUAUAUAUAUAUGUAUAGUCAUUUUGGGGAAAUGACCGUCUGAAAAUUUUUGAGAUAUAUUUUAUAAGUUCCAUUGUAAAUAUAUUGUGGAAGAUUUUAA